CACUCCAACCUGGGACAGAACGAGACUUUGUCUCAAAAAAUAAAAAAAAGAAAAAGAAAAACUUUUGUGAAGUGUAAAUUUUUGUCACCAUCCACUAAUAUUUCAAUAGAGCUAUUUCUGUCAUCGCAUUUAUUAGAUAGUCGUUGGUAAUAAGUUUCUGUAACUGGCAUUUCACCUCUUUCUGGUGUCAUAUUAGUUCCUCAUGCAGAACACUCCCCGCUGUCACAAGAGAAACAAAUGAUAAUCACUUCCCAGGAAAGAUACAAGCAUAAUUUAACAUACGCCUAAUGUCUCCAGGUGGAGAUCAUCACCGCCAUUGCCAAUACCAAACUGGGAUUUCUCUCAUUGUUCUUUACCUGAGACUGACUUCAAGUUCCUAAAAUGGGUUGAAAAUAUAAGUUAGAAUACCAAGUAAGGGACAUUACCUGAAUAGUGUUUUGCUCAAUGAAUUGGACACGAUAACUGACUAUAUAAGCGGGAGAGUUAUUUUUCCGUGGGAACGACUGAUUCACCUUUGUACUCUUGCUUUAGCCUCUCCUCUAUCUUCCUUGGCAUGGUCCUAUCUGGAUUAGUUCUCUUUUGUUCCUGGCAGACUGAAAAACCAACUCUAAUGCCUCAGAGUGAGGCGGGAGAAUAGGGAAUUAGGGGAACCAAGGAUGAAGGCAUAAGCAAAAGAACAGCAGGUGCAGCUAGUUCUAGGCAAGAUGAGGUAGCACACAGGCCACAUCCUCACUCCUGUGAUAACAAGACAGAAGUCUCCACUUUAGCCUGAUUGGUUGUGCACCAAUCCUUCAUAGGCUUGGAAGCCUUUAAAGAGCUCUUGGGAUACUAUAAAAUUCUAGCUUCUUAUUAAUGGCAAAAACCGCAAUUACUUUUGCAGCAACCUAAUAAAACCCUAAAAAACAUUGUAAUCGGGGCUCUUGAGCCCCUUGGUCGCCUGUUCCCACACCUGCAUUCCACUUCUGUGGAGUGUACUUUCACCUCACUAAAUCGCUUUCAUUGGUUCGUUCUUUCGUUGCUUUUUUUUGUGCGUUUUGUUCACUUCUUUGUUCAAUGCACCAACAACCUGGACAAUUCACGGUCAAGAUUUUCCAUCCAGUAACAAGAGUGCAUUCAUGUGAAUUAUAACACGGUAAUGUUUAUCAGUCUCUGCUUCCAGUGCAGGCAUUUUGUGUCUAAACGAUUGUAUAAAGUGAUACACGAAUUUGGAUUUGUAGCCUUUGGGAGCAUUCACAAUAUUUUUAGCUCCUGGGAGCUUAAAUUUCUAAAAAUGUGAAUUAAUAUCUUUGCAAACACUUCGGUGGUCAGUUACAAACAAGGAUUCCCCAGGAAUCUCAAUAUAGCCUCUAAGGAGGGGCGAGACCAUCCUCUGCCCUAAAAGGAUGCGCGCUUUAAUGAGCCCGCUGAGGUGGAGCUGGGACUUCUCUGCAGAAGCGCCUUUGGGAAGCGGCAGCUUUACUACCUUGGAAUCUGGGGAACUACAUUACCCAGAAAGCUUUACAUUGAAUGACAGCACUACAGAACCAGUAAGGGCUCAGAAUAAAGGCGUUUCUGUGUGCGCACGUAACGUACUGGCGGGAUUCUCAGCGUUCACUGGUAGCGGCCAUUUUGGUUAAUGUUGGGGGUGUGUGUGCGGUUUGUGAGGUGAGAGGCGCUGGAGCUGUGGGUCCGAACCGCAGUGUUUGAAUCCAGAAGUUGGAGAAGAGUCCUUCUCGCAGCACAGAGGCGGAUCGCAGGCCCCGUAACGGCGCCCGCCUCUGCCGGCCGUGCUUUCCCCACGUACUCGGAUGGCGGCGGCCGCACUGAGGCUCCCGGCUCAGCAGGGCACUGUGGCAUUUGAAGAUGUGGCUGUGAACUUUUCCCAGGAAGAAUGGAGUCUCCUUAGUGAGGUUCAGAGAUGCCUUUACCAUGAUGUGAUGCUGGAGAACUGGGUACUUAUAUCCUCCCUGGGUUAUUGGUGUGGAUCGGAAGAUGAGGAGGCACCUUCUAAGCGGAACAUUUCUAUACAAAGAGUGUCUCAGGUCAACACUCCUAGGGUAGGUGUGUCUCCCAAGAAGGCCCACUCUUGUGAAAUGUGUGGUGCAAUCUUGAGAGACAUUUUGUACUUGGCAGAUCAUCAGGGGACACAUCACAAGCAGAAACUGCACAGGUGUGAGGCCUGGGGGAGUAAAUUGUAUGAUAGUUCAAACUAUCAGCACCAGAAUCAGUACCUUGGAGAGAAACCCUACAGAGGCAGGGUUGAGGAAGUGUUGUUUGUGAAGAGGUGUAAGUUCCAUGUGUCAGAGGAGUCAUCUGUCUUCAUUCAGAGUGGGAAGGACUUUUUGCCCAGCUCAGGAUUACUGCAGCAGGAGGCCACUCACACUGGGGAGAAGUCAAACAGCAAACCUGAGUGUGAGUCUCCCUUUCAGGGGGGAAAUACUCAUUACAGCUCUGGAGAAUGCAUGAAACAUUCUGGCACCAAACACAUGCUUGUUCAACAGCAGAGACUUCUCCCUAGAGAAGAAUGUUAUUGCUGCGAAUGUGGGAAAUCCUUUAUCAAAUAUGAUAGCUUCAGUAAUCAUCAGAGAGUUCAUACUGGGAAAAGACCUUAUGAAUGUGGAGAAUGUGGGAAAUCUUUUAGUCAUAAGGGCAGCCUUGUUCAGCAUCAACGAGUUCAUACUGGAGAAAGACCUUAUGAGUGUGGAGAAUGUGGGAAAUCUUUUAGUCAAAAUGGUACCCUCAUUAAACAUCAACGAGUUCACACUGGAGAAAGACCUUAUGAGUGUGAAGAAUGUGGGAAAUGUUUUACUCAAAAGGGCAAUCUGAUUCAACAUCAACGAGGUCACACUAGUGAAAGACCUUAUGAGUGUGAAGAAUGUGGAAAAUGUUUUAGUCAAAAGGGCACCCUCACUGAACAUCAUCGAGUUCACACUAGAGAAAGACCUUAUGAGUGUGGAGAAUGUGGGAAAUCUUUUAGUCGAAAGGGACACCUUAGGAACCAUCAGCGAGGUCACACUGGAGAAAGACCUUAUGAGUGUGGAGAAUGUGGGAAGUCUUUUAGUCGAAAGGGCAACCUCAUUCAGCAUCAGCGAAGCCACACUGGAGAAAGGCCUUACGAGUGUAGAGAAUGUAGGAAAUUAUUUAGGGGCAAGUCCCACCUCAUUGAACACCAGAGAGUUCACACUGGAGAAAGGCCAUAUGAAUGUAAUGAAUGUGGGAAAUCAUUUCUAGACAGCUCUGGGUUUCGUGUUCAUCAGAGAGUUCACACUGGAGAAAAACCGUUUGAGUGCAGUGAAUGUGGGAAAUCAUUUCCUCAAAGCUGUUCCCUUCUUCGACAUAGGAGAGUUCAUACUGGAGAAAGGCCUUAUGAGUGUGGAGAAUGUGGAAAGUCAUUUCAUCAGAGCUCUUCCCUCCUUCGACAUCAGAAAAUUCACACUGCAGAAAGACCUUAUGAGUGCAGAGAAUGUGGGAAAUUCUUCUCCAGUCUCCUUGAACACAGGAGAGUUCACACUGGAGAAAGGCCUUAUGAAUGCAGUGAAUGUGGAAAAACAUUUACUCGAAGAUCUGCGCAUUUUAAACAUCAGAGACUUCAUACUCGAGGAAAGCCUUAUGAGUGCAGUGAAUGUGGGAAAUCCUUUGCUGAAACGUUCAGUCUUACUGAACACAGAAGAGUUCACACUGGAGAAAGGCCUUAUGAGUGCAGUGAAUGUGGAAAAUCAUUUCAUCGAAGCUCUUCUCUCCUUCGACAUCAGAGAGUUCACACAGAAAAAAGUCCUUACAAGUGAAAGAAAUUUGGGAAAUUCUUUAGCUAAAUCUCUGUGCAUCCUCUUGAUCAGAGAGUUCUUACUGGAUCGGGACCUUAUGAGUGUGACAAACGUGGGAUAUUCUUUACGCAGAAGUCUUGCUUUAUUACACACGGAAGAGCUUCCACUGCUGAAGUGCCUCUUGAGUGCGAUGAAUGUGAGAAAGCCUUCCGCCUUCUCUCAUUGGGUAACAGAUUGUUCUCUUAAGGAAAACACUGUACACAUACAGGAAAUAUUAUUUCUUGUAAAACAUAACACUGGAGGAGAUGCCUUAUGAGGGAGCCAUCUGCCUAAAUUGAAUGACAUACAUCCAGCAUCUGCAUAAACUCGAUUAUGUUAGAGCUGCAUGGCAUUUUUCACCCUGCCGUGUUCCCUUGCCAGACUUAAGUGAUGGCCAGUUAUCUGGCAACCAUUCUAUGUCGGCCACGAGGCAGGUGUUCACCGUGCAUCUUUCACUCACCCCAUGAUGUUCCGGAAGUAAACCUUGGUUGUCUUUCAUUGGCCAGAAGAAUUGGCAGUGGAGGACACUGCAAGAACAGAGUUGGAAUGCACGUCAUUCAAAUGGACAUCCACAUUGAUGCAGUUACUAUGUGUGUGGUGGACCUUCAGGAUCUCAAGGGCAUUUCCCUUUGCCCACCUCACCUUUUCAUAUUUGGCAAACUAUAUGCAUUUGCCUCCAGCCCAAGAUUAUAGAUAUGAACUGAUUAUGGAUCUGCAUGUUCUGUCAUUGGAUUCAAGCAUAUUCUUACAGAAGAGCCACCGUGGAAGUCGUGGGUAAAUAUGUGUUGGAUUGGUAACUCCCUCUUGGAGAAUUUCUUGUGAAUUACACAGCAAUAGAGGAACUCAUUUAACUGGAGAUACAAUCUGAAUUUAUAAAGUGUGGCCCAUUUUCUAACAUUUUUAUUUUACAUACCCUCCUGUGUCUUCUGGGUUGAUGAAACUAACGAAGAGAUUAAUAAAAACUCAUCAUGUCA